AUGCCGGUGCUGACGCGGGCAGGACGAGCCCGGGCAGCCGCCGGGCAUCCGCCCACCCCCCCUCCUCCUGCUCCGCCUCCUCCGCCUCCUCCUGCCUCAUCAUCAACGGCCUCGUCUGGAUCGAGCAAGCCGGCGCCCGCCCGUUCCAGACGCCACAAAAAGGAAGAGCUCCAACUUCACCGACGCCUUCUCCGACUCCUACCCCAUCUCCGUCGAGUACCCCUAGCAGCGGGUCCAAAGGACCGGAUACGUUAUCCCGAUCGCCGUCGCCUGAUUUUGCCGGCGCCGCUGCCCACCGCUAUAGCUACAGCCAGACUACGACUCGUCGCCUACAGCUCAUCCAAGGAAUAUAUGGACAACUUCUCCGUGAUGCUCCUAACGACACCCACAUGCUGGCUGGUGAUGUGGUCUCGGGCUACCAUUCGGAGAAGGCCGCAAAUGGGCGUGAACUCUGUCUUAGAAUGGCGCGGGGUCAACCACCGUUGCAACGACGAGGACUACCACAAGCACAACACAGAAAAUCUCUUCGAAGCACUGAUCGGUCGGUGCUGCGAAUGCCGGGUGAGGCGAGCUGUGAUGUUUGGGUAUCAACCCGUUCACCAACGUGUCCAGCAAAUGUUCUUGGUCUGGCCGAGACGGGGCGACAGCGUCCGAACCGCCCGAGAAAUCGAC